GCGAAUGCUCUCACUGAUAUUAAGACACCAUUCUAAGUAAAACUUAGUACAAGUUCUGUAUCAUUUUUAGAGAUGGCUCUUAAGUUAAGGCUGUCGGAAAUUAAUUAUUCUCAAAACAGUAUUAGCUGCUAUUUUACUUCUCCUUAUAGGCUAAUAGGUGAAACAUUGGAUGACUUAUGUGAAGGAAGGAUUUCUGUUUCGGAUAUCAGUCCUAUAUCAGUAGCUAAAGUCAAAGGUCAGUGGGUCACAUGGGACAACAGGCGAUUUUGGGUAUUCCGUCACAUAGAGAGACUGGAUAAAUGUAAAAAAAUUCCUGUAAGACAGACGGACACCAUACCAUCCUUUCGAAUUACGACUAAGUGUGAUGGUCAAGAAGUCGAUGUGAGAAGAGAACCCGGAGGCCGCUGGUAUAAAGAGUCACCGUCGUCUAUACUAGUACCAAUAUUGUAAUAGACUCAGAAUUUCAAUACCAAAUUUAACCUCAAGCUUACAUAUUGCUAUUUUUAUAAAUAAACAAUCUAGACAGUAUAUCUUAAAUGAAACAUAAUAUAUAAACUUUGGAUGACAAUGUAGGAUACUUUACUAACAGAAUAAAUUGAUAAUGAAGCUUAUAUUUGGAGGUAUUUAAGGCACUUACCUGCCAGGAUUUCUGAACUUCUCGAGACUGUGACAUUUUUCCACUAUUUUAUGUAUACUAAGAGAAUAUCUCACAAAUUAAGAUAUUAAUACAAUGUUAUAGGACAUCUUGAACAUAUAGGACUUUAUAGGACAUUUAUUAAGCGGUUAUAUUUGAAGAAAGCAUUGAUUUUCUUACCUUUUUGUAAACUGGCUUCAAAAUGGCCGACAAGAGUUGUCUACCUUGGGUCAAAUUUCCAAGGCCUCUUUAUAAAUAAUUAGUUGCUAGUUCUUCACAUAUUAUGUGUCACAUGAAACCUUUUAAUGUUUUCUCAUCUAGAAACUAUGUAACUUUUCUAUCUUUCAGCUAUUCUUGCAGUAUUUUGUAAUAAUGAUUUGUCCAGCUAUGACCUCUAAGUUUGGCAGGCGGGAAUAUUCAAAAUCCUUGCAGCUAGGAAUUUAUAUUCCUUAAUAAUUCUUUCCUUUUAUGAGUUUUUAUUAAAGCUUUGGUUAAACAUUUGAAAUGACUAGUAAGGCUUGUAUUUUAAGUGUUUUUAGCAUAUUAUCAUUCAUAUUAUUUAUGUAAAUUCACUUUUUCUAAAAUAUUCCUGGCAAUAUGGCCGCCAUUCCAAUAAAAAUCCUGUCAUCCUGCCAGACUUACAGGACAAAUGGAACCAUAUGAUUGGUCAAUUCUGACAGUCCUGGCACUUUCAGAGCUUAUAUAAGUGGCCAAGCUGGUCAUUUGGGACACUUUUCAACUUGGUUGACAAACAAGGUCGUGAAAACUUGUGACAAAUCUCUGGUAAAUGAUUUUAGACUAUUAUUGACAUUUAAUUCUCCCUGGUGUUCUGCUGAAAUAAACAACUAAAACUGUUGAAUUUCUUAACCUUAUUUGAUAUAAAACAUGCUCUGUUUACAAAUGGUGUCAGGAACAGUGGAAUAAAAAAACUUACAGUAAUGUUUACAUUUGCCUGGAACUGACCUUGAACUUUAUGACACAAAAUAAAUUACCAAAAAGGACUUGGAAAUAAACACAAUUUUUGUCAACCUCCACAGUUUCAAUAAAAAAAAAAAAAAAUAAAAAUAAAAAAAAUGUCAGACUCGGAAAGUGAAGUUGUAUUUUCUCACACAGUAAGACAAAAUAUGGCCAACAUAAACAGUACUCCACAGGAUGAUGACAUUAGGCAUGUUAGAGUUAUUGAUCAAAUUGACAACAGUGACUCUGAAGCAGGUGGUGAUAGGGCAAAUAAAAGUCGUAGUCCCACACCCAGGCAAAGGCUAAAUUACCUUGGAAUUCCUACAAAUACUAACAGUUAUGUAAACUCCCCCGUGCAUAACAGACAGGUGCCAGAGUCAAAUACAAUCAGUAUGAAACCUGAUAUUUAUACUGGUGAAGGAGAUUGGGAAGUGUUUGAAACCCAGUUUGAGGUCUGCGCUAAGUUAGGCAAUUGGAAUCAACGCACUAAGGCACUUGUCCUGGCUGGAUCACUGAGAGGGAAGGCACUGGAGUAUUACACACAUCUAGCUACUGAAAUAAGGGAGCGCUAUGAUCUGCUAGUAACCAGACUUGAACAGAGGUUUGGUGGUGGAAAUCAAAGGUCCAAAUGGUUGUCCCUAUUAGAGGCUCGUUCCAGACUCCCAGGUGAAAGUGCAUCUCAGUUUGCAGACGAUGUUCAGCAGAUGAUUAGAAAGGCUUACCCUCAUCUGGAUCCUACUGCCCAAGAACUUAUGACACUCCAUACAAUUUAUCGAGGUUUGAGCCAAGAUCUGAAAUACAAAUGUAUUGUGGAAAACUGCAAGACCGUCGUACAUGCAGUUGAAAUAAUUGAAACAUACGAAGGUAUCUUUGGGACUGGCCCAGACAGAAAAAGGGUCCGAAUGACACAAGGGCAAGGCAGUGAUUAUACAGUUGAUCAGGACGUCAGAAUGACAUUAAAGCAAAUACUGGAUCGCAUUGACCAACUUGAACGUGCAAAACACAUGCAGCCAUGGCGGAUCCGACAAGAUGCUAGACCAAAGCUCAACCAGGUCAGGACAGGAGAUGCUAUAUUUGUAACUCUCCUAGUCAUUUUAGGAAAAAUUGUCCUAGGUUACACAAUCCUGCAUCAACUGACAGGAACUCGGAAAACUCAAGACCAUCUACUCAGUAGGCCAGGGGUUGAUGGGCACUGACAGGCCUGAACAAGAUCAACAGGCCCACUGCUUGGACAACAAUGAACAAAUGAAACAUGACUGUUUUGACAAUGGUUUUUAUGCAUAUUUAACUGUUGAGAAUUCACAAAUUGAGUGCCUUAUUGACAAUGGCUC